UGGGAAGUUGUCGUGGUGUCACCUGUUCUGUUCUGUGCAACGAUAAUCACGCUGCAAGGAGAACAGGAGACUGAAGGCACCUCAUCGCACCGACCUCCUUCCUAAGAUAACCUACAGUUUGUCUUGUCAAUUGACAAUUGACAUUUAAACCGAUCACUCGUAUUUGUGGUAAUUUUUGUUCGUACAAAAUCGGACAGUGAAACUAUGCGGAUAAGUUCCGAAAGUAGAUAGUAUUUGUAUUAAAAGUUUGUUCUUUUUUAUUGGUGUGAUGGCGUUGUGGAAGUCUAUUAGUUUGUGGACAGUGUGUGUGGUUUUAUGCCUGCUGGGCAAGAUCUCGGGACUGGACAAUGGGCUCGCGUUGACGCCGCCAAUGGGUUGGCUCGCGUGGGAGCGUUUUAGAUGCAACACCGACUGCAAGAAUGAUCCUGAUAAUUGUAUCAGUGAUCGUCUGUUCCGGACGAUGACGGAUAUACUGGUGUCGGAAGGCUAUGCGGCCGUUGGCUACGAGUACAUCAACGUGGACGACUGCUGGCCGGAACGGGAACGUGACGCUCGGGGCCGACUCGUGCCCGACCGGGAACGGUUUCCGUACGGCAUGAAGAGCUUAGCUGAUUAUGUACAUAGCAAGGGUUUGAAAUUUGGAAUCUACGAGGACUACGGAAACUUCACAUGCGCCGGAUACCCUGGUGUGGUCGGCCAUCUUGCUGGAGAUGCGGCCACCUUCGCAGCCUGGGGUGUCGACUAUGUGAAGUUGGAUGGAUGCUAUGCCUUACCCGCUGACAUGGAUUACGGUUACCCUGAGUUUGGAAAGGAGCUCAACUUAACUGGACGCCAAAUGGUCUACUCUUGCAGUUGGCCAGUCUAUCAGAUCUAUGCUGGUAUUCAGCCCAAUUUCUCGUCGAUCAUCGAACAUUGUAACCUGUGGCGUAACUUCGAUGACAUACAAGACUCGUGGGCGUCCGUCGAGUCUAUCAUAGACUACUACGGAAACCAUCAGGACGUGAUCGUGCCCAACGCUGGACCUGGACACUGGAACGACCCUGACAUGCUGAUUAUUGGCAACUUCGGUCUUUCGUACGAGCAGAGUAAGACACAGUUCGCGAUCUGGGCUAUAUUGGCAGCUCCAUUAUUAAUGAGUGUGGAUCUUAGGACCAUUCGACCUGAGUACAAGGCAAUCCUUCAAAACAGGAAGAUUAUUGAAGUCGACCAAGAUCCUCUUGGCAUUCAAGGCAGAAGGAUAUACAAGCAUCGGGGCAUUGAAAUCUGGUCGCGUCCUAUCCUACCAAUCCAGAGCCAGUACUACUCGUAUGCAGUGGCGUUUGUCAACCGACGUACGGACGGCACACCCUCAGACGUUGCGGUCACGCUGCGAGAACUCGGCCUAAACAACCCUGCUGGAUACAGGGUUGAGGAUUUGUAUGAAGACGUCGACUACGGCGUUCUCUCGCCGCAGACCAAGAUCAAAGUGAAAGUGAACCCCUCAGGUGUCGUGAUUCUCCGAGCAGACGCACAGCCAUCGUUUGCGUUCAACUCAAUACCGACGCGGACGCCGUACACGCCGCUCAACGACGUAUUCAGACUCAGCCAGAAAUAGCGCCAUCUAUCGACAGCGCGACGGAACUUAAAGUCAGACUCGAUACGAUCUACAAGUACAAUAAAUAAAUGAUUCUGUCUAUCCUCUGUAACCCUUAAUCGUUUACUCGCUGCGAAUUUUGGAUAUUUUUUCAGUAUCCUCGCUUCACUUGUUUUAGGUAAGUAUAGUAAUAGAUAGUAUAUUCUGAUAAUAUUGUUGAGUGAUUGUGUAUAGUAUCUGACAUUGUUUCGUUACAUGUACGAAUAUUUGUUUUCGAACCAAGUGAUUCGUAAGUUUCUUGGCUGUUUAUGCCAAGUGUCGCAAAAUUGUAAAAGUGAAGCGAGUACAUUAGAAUUUGUAGCGUGUAAACAAUUAUCGUAUGUCCAUUUACUUUGGUGUGAAAGAUAGUUACCAGCCGGUAUGUCUCUGUCUUGCCUUAGGUUACAUUUUAUUUAUGUUUCAUUCUCGUUUGUGUGAUCAUUGAGAUGUUAUUGUGUAACAAAAACACGUGGAGAAUUGAUUAUUUGCCAUUAUGUUGUACCUAGGAUAAGGAUGUACAUUUUAGGUGCCUGUAAAUGUAAGUUUUUCGUAGUGAACGUC